CCAACCUCAAAUCCACCUUUCUGUUUUUUCCCCCUUGUUUGUUUUUGUUUUUUUGUUCUGGAGCUGGUCUCCCUUUUAUCUUCUAAUACACAAUCUCGUCUUCACUUACACAAUCCCCCAACACGUCAACUACACCAUCAAACAUCUCAGUUGCCGGUCAGCUUGAGACGAGAUAAUUUUUACAUUGAAUUUUUUGCAUUUUUUUUUUUUUUUUUACGCAUCACGACAUCUUAAUUGAUACCCCCCUUAAUAACAGAAUUGUGGAUUUCACUUGCUCGCUGGCGAUCACCAUUUUUACACUUUUGCCCAAGAAUCACUAAAACUUCUACAAGCAUCUCCCUAAUCACAACAACUUAAUCACACUAAUCAACAUGUCUGCUAUCCAACUCUCUUUCUCUCUUCGCGUCUCUUCUGGCGUCAAGACCGUCCACCUUCUCGGCUCUUGGGACAACUACGUCGGUCAGCUCCCCCUUGCCAAGGACAAGUCCUCCAAGUCCGGCACCUGGAAGGGUACCUUCAGAUUCCAGAACUCUACCCUUGAGGCUGGCAAGCGAUACUGGUACUACUACAUCAUCGACGGCUACCACAUCGCCCACAACCCUUCCGUUGAGUCCACCACCGAGCCCACCACCGGCCGAGAGCUGAACAUCCUCGAUGUCACCGAGGACGGUUCCAAGUCAUCACACAAGUCAAGCAGCAAGAGCUCCCGACACUCUUCAUCCAAGGACAAGGACGGCAAGUCUUCUCGCCACCGUGCUUCCCUGACGGUCGACAUCCCCAAGGGUCGACCCCUCUCCAUCUCUCAGAUCAAGGCCCCCAAGCCCAUGUCUCCUCAUGCCACCAAGCACAUCCUCGAGUCCGACUUCUACGGCAACGAGGAACUUGAGGAGCUCACUGCCCGCUUUGGCAGCGCCGGCCUUGAUGAUGAUGUCCUCACCGACUUCAGCACCUCUCCCGUCUCCUCCAACGGCUCCAGCCUCUCGUACCGCUCCGACAGCUCAUCCCCCAGCUCCUCGCUCUCCGGCUACAGCACCCCCAGCUCCGACUGCAGCUCCUGCACUUGCGAGCGCUACGGAAUCACCCGCAAGGGCGAGCGUGUCAAGAUCGACUGUGGUGGAUCCCGAUGCGGCUACGAUGAGUCUAGCUCCGACUGCGCUAGCGACGUCAGUGAUGACGAGGAGGCCGACUACGAGGUCUCUACCCGCCGCAACGGCAUCAUUGUUGGUUGAGAGACUUGGUCAAUGCCUGAUGAUAAUGAUGGAUGAAAAGCCUGUUUCGAAGAGAACAAGGCCAGCAUGUUUUUUCCCCACGACAGGCGGACGCAUUGCAUAAUGAACCUGCAACGUCUGUGCCUGCUCGGUGACACACAUUAAUGUUGUUGUGUGGUAAUGUAUAUACAAGCACACUCGCUUUUAUACAAUCAUUCCCCACCGUGCCCCAUAGGGCGGAUCACACAGCACUCCAAGCUGGUCUUGGAUAACGGUGCUAUGAUCUCGCAUCCGAGGGCGCGAGUGAUGACCAUUGGGUCGAUGCUACGGCCCCUCGUGGAGUGGUCCCUCCCGCUCCGCGAGCAGUUUGUUUUGUUGAUUCUUGAGCAUCUUUUGAAAGAGUCGGAUAUGCACCACUCUUGACAUUCAGCCAAGACCGGAGUAUCAUUCCUUUCGCUUCUCUCGUAGAAGAUACAGAGAAGGAAAGGGAUUGUCCAGCUCCGGACAACAUUUUGCGACAAGGUCAUGGAUGUGGCUUUCGGAUCAGGUUAUGUACAAUGAUUCCGGGGGCUAGCCAGGAAAAAAAAAGGAUCCGUGGAUGAGGGGGAGGAUUAUGGCAGAUGGUUAAGGAUUACUGCCGCGUUAGAUACUAGAUAGAUGACUAUACUGAAUCUACAAGUACUGACUGAUGAGGGAAAUACUUUG